UGCCAAAAAAGCGCUCACGAUGUCGUAACAGUAUAUCUAAACCAAAUCCCCUAUAGAAACCCACUCAAACACACUAAUCAUUGCCAAAAGUUGCCCCCAUACAAUUUCUUAAUCGUAAUCAAUCAACAAAGUAAAACUAUGGGUUCCCCAGCACCAAGAAAGCUUCUUGUUGUGGACUUCACAAACGAAGAACUGAAGCCGGGUUCAAGCUCUUGGGCAUCGGCAUGCAACGAUAUCCAGCGUGCCCUCGAAAACCACGGCUGCUUUAUAGCUUUGUACAACAAAGUUUCUCCCGAACUUGAUAAGGCCAUCUUUCAAGCAGCUGAUGAUUUAUUUGACCUCCCGACCGAACUCAAAGUCCAAAAUAUCAAUGAAAAACCUUACCACGGCUACAUUGGCCAAAUUCCCUUUGUUCCACUCCAUGAAGGCUUAGGGAUUGAUUAUGCCACCACUCUUGAUGGAGUACAAAGCUUCACUAAUCUCAUGUGGCCCAAAGGAAACAAAUCUUUCAGUGAAAGUUCAUUUUCAUUUGCAAAGACAGUGGCGAAGUUAGAUGAAAUGGUAAUAAAAAUGCUGUUCGAAAGCUAUGGUGUUGAGAAAUACAGCGAUUCUCACAUAGACUCGACCAGAUAUCUUCUUCGGUUCCUUAAGUACAGAGCCCCAGAAGCGAAUGAGACCACCAUGGCUUUUCCUUCUCAUACUGAUAAGAGCUUUUUGACCAUCCUUUAUCAGAACCACAUUUCUGGCUUGGAAAUAAGGACAAGGGAUGAUGAAUGGAUCAAAGUUGAUUUUCCUCAAAAAUCCUUUGUUGUGAUGGCCGGGGAUGCCUGCCAGGCUUGGAGUAAUGAUAGAGUGCUUUCUUCCAACCACAAAGUAACCAUGGACGCCAAUGGAAAAGAAACAAGGUACACUAUAGCCUUAUUCUCAUUCCUCAGCAAGAUGGUGCAAGUACCAGAAGAAUUAGUUAAUGAUGAAAAGCCACUGCAGUUCAAACCAUUUGUCCAUAUAGAUUUGCUCAACUUUUACGCCACUGACCAAGGACGGAAAUCACAAAACAUCCUCAAAGAUUUCUGUGGUGUUUGAAGAAGGUCUAUGUUGUGGUAGUGCCAUUUCAAUUGUAUGUAUGUGAACAUCCUAAAGUUGAUGUACUAAAUAAUUGCUACGUCUAUGAGUUCUUGGCUCAUUUAACCAAGAGGGUCACAUCUGUAGCGUUUGGUUGAUUGUCAUGUAUUUCCUGUAAGAAGUUUUAUUCUGGUUUCAUAUCCACAAGUCUGAUUAAUGUAUGGUCCUGAAAAGAUGAUUGUAGUAACCUAUAUCUUGUAUGAGAUCUGUGCGUGCAUUAUUAUAAGAAUCAGAAUCAGAAUAGGAGUGAGA